AGCCACAGCGCGCUUUCCGGUGAGCACGGUUUCACGCGCACAGGCAUUCUCUCGCAGACGCGCGCGCAGACGCGGGAGAUGGGUGCGCGGAACAUUUCAGCGCGCGCUAAUAUAUAACCUUCACACGCUUAAAAUAAACUCCAAGUGCAAUAUCGUUAAUAAAUAGUUUUGUAUCGGUUUAAAAAUCUAUAUUACUAGAUUUUUUUUUUUGGUGGGACAAUGGAUUUACAGAGCACGAAUGAAACUCAGAUCCCGAUUUGGGAAUGUUCAAGAACUCCAGACAAUUCCAGCGUGAACAGCUCCGCGUUGGAAGUUAACGCCACCUGUAGCAAUGCGUCAAUAAUUCAGAAAUUCAAACCCACGCGACCAAGAGAAAUGGACUCGGUGAGGAUUAUUCUUUACUCACUCGUCUUUCUCCUGAGUGUUUUUGGGAACCUGCUGAUCAUUGUGGUCCUAAUGGUAAACAAGAGAAUGCGGACCGUCACCAACUCCUUCCUGCUCUCGCUGGCUGUUAGUGAUCUCAUGAUGGCCAUCUUCUGCAUGCCCUUUAAUCUCAUCCCCAGCCUGCUGGAGGACUUCAUAUUCGGAGCAGCGAUGUGCAAGACAGUCGCCUAUUUCAUGGGUAUAUCUGUAAGCAUCUCCACUUUCAGUCUGGUUGCCAUUGCCAUUGAAAGAUACAGUGCCAUUUGCAACCCGUUGAAGUCCAGGGCCUGGCAGACCCGUUCUCAUGCCUAUAAGGUCAUUGCUGCCACAUGGGUGCUAUCUGUGGGAAUCAUGGUGCCCUAUCCUGUGUUCAGUAUACUGGUGCCAUUCAACAAGCCAAACAACAUCACAGCUCACAUGUGCAGGCUCGACUGGCCCAUCAGCCAGGUGGAACAGACUUGGUACGUCUUGUUGCUUUUCAUUCUGUUCUUCAUCCCAGGUGUGGUGAUGAUAAUUGCCUACGGUCUCAUAUCCAGAGAACUUUACAGAGGGAUUCAGUUUGAACUGGAGCAGAAGAAAAACUGUGGUGUAAAGAACGGGUUGAAUGGUGCACUGUCUCCUGGCCAUGAUGAGAGUGAUGGAUGCUAUAUCCAAGUCCCAAAGAAGCCCCCAGCUAUGGAACUUUCUGCUCUGACCACCUCCGGCACCAUCAAGGCAGACCGUCCACGGAGCAACACCUCAGAGGAAAAGCUCAUUGCCAAAAAACGAGUGAUCCGAAUGCUGAUUAUUAUAGUUGCCAUGUUCUUUAUAUGCUGGAUGCCUCUAUACUCUGCUAACACCUGGAAAGCUUUUGACCAAAAGUCGGCCCAGCGCGCACUUUCUGGAGCUCCCAUCUCCUUCAUUCAGCUGCUGUCUUAUACUUCAGCCUGCGUCAACCCUAUCAUCUACUGCUUCAUGAACACCCGCUUCCGGAAGGCUCUCUUUGCCACCUUUGAGUGUUGCAGGCGCCCGUGCCACAACCGGAAGAAGAAGAGGGAAGGUGAUGAUGAGAUCACUGGAGUCACAGGAGCCUCCAUAACAAAGUUCAGUUAUACCACCGUUAGCACGUUAUCCUACAUGAAGAUGUAUCAGGUGGGCAAGGCAAUUCAGUCGUCAACGGAAUCAACCAACUCUUGGAAGUCUUCACCCCAGUUGAAGUGAUGCCAUGGUCAAUACUGCCAAGCUGCAUGCCAGGUUGGAAUUUUAAUGCCCUGGCAGUGGAGAUAAUGAUUUAAAUGGAAAUAAUAAACUGUAGAGGGAAGUUUGAUGUAAUAGCCUUGGAGGCACUAAUGUUGUUUGUAUGUUCUAACACACAUUCUCACUAAAACACACACACAAAAAAAAAAAAAUCAGUUUAUCUUAAAUUGCAAUUGCUCUAAUCGAUUUCUUCCUUAUUGCUGAAGCAGAUGAGACACCUGGGAUAUUCGGCUUCUCGCCUUGCCCCAACAAACCCUUUCUGAAUAUAUGAAAGGAGAGCUAAGCUCUUGUUUGUGCUGAAAUUAAUUUAUUCAGUGGUUCAUGCUAAACAUGAAAGCUGGAUCUGCACAGCGAAACCAAGCGUUUUAAAAUUCAUCCUCAAAAGGAUGAAGCGCACAUGAGAUGUUUGUGUGCUUGUACUUGGUUCAUCUUGUUAUCCAUUGGAUUGUUGAAAUGCCUGAAUGCCCAUAUUUUAUACAAGUAUUGGCAGCAGGGUUAUUACAGUUGACUACAAAGUAAAAAAAAUAAAACCCUUAAAAACAUUUUUGUCACUUGUCACAAAUGAAUGUUAACUGAAAUAAAAUUUCAAAUUCCGGUUACACUUUAUUUUGAUAGUCCACUUUUGACAUUGUACUAACUAACUUUGAAACUACAUGUCAACUAAAUGUGCACUAAUUCUCAUUUAUUUACAAAUGCUUGUGUAGUAACUCUCAGAGUAGACUGUUAGGGUAGGUUUAGGGUUAGUAGAAUAAAUUGA